GCCCCUCCUCCGCGCCGCCUCCCGGCUCCGGUGGUCGCCCCAGCUCUCGGCUCCUGCUCCGGCUCCAGCUCCGUAGCGCACUCGUCGCCGCCCCGCUAGCUUCUCGGACCAUGGCCAACACGGAGCGCACCUUCAUCGCCGUCAAGCCGGACGGCGUGCAGCGCAGCCUAGUGGGCGAGAUCAUCAAGCGCUUCGAGCAGAAGGGAUUCCGCCUCGUGGCCAUGAAGUUACUUCACGCCUCUGAGGAACUCCUGAAGCAGCACUACAUUGACCUGAAAGACCGCCCGUUCUACCCCGGGCUGGUGAAGUACAUGAACUCGGGGCCCAUUGUGGCCAUGGUCUGGGAGGGGCUGAAUGUGGUGAAGACAGGGCGAGUGAUGCUUGGGGAGACCAAUCCAGCAGAUUCUAAGCCGGGCACCAUUCGAGGGGACUUCUGCAUUCAAGUUGGCAGGAACAUCAUUCAUGGCAGUGAUUCAGUAAAAAGUGCUGAGAAAGAAAUCAGCCUAUGGUUUAAGCCUGAAGAAUUGGUUGACUACAAGUCUUGUGCUUUUGACUGGAUCUACGAGUAAGGUGGACAAGGCAUCAGUCCCCUCGGGCACAGCUUGACGUGUCCCUGGACAAAGCUCUUCGUUCCACUGACUUGGAAGCAAUAGGAUCCAUCUUUCUUUUCUAAAGCAUGUUUACCAAUAAAGCCUUUGGAAACUGG